AUGAGAAAAUUACGUAACAGACGAGGUAAAGGCACAUCCACAUCACCACCAAGAAGAUCGAGAAGCUCGAGGGCGAGGCUACGUCAACAUCCACAAGGGGAAGAUAAUACCCAGCUACGAGUUGGACCUCGUCCUUCCUGCGAGGCUGUGGCCAAGGAUUCCGACAGGAACUCAGUGGUUCUGUACACCGAAAGCUCCGUUGAGGUGCUCUAUAUUUCUGACGAGAACACCGGCAAGGAUCCAAAGAUCGGAAUCACAAUCAAAGACGACGGCCGAUGGCUUCGGUUUUUUAGAUUUAAGACUUUAGUCGAGGACUUUAGUCGAGCCCAGAAAAGUAAGAAAAAUCAGCAGAAACGUCCCAUGCAUCCGACUGUGAGAGUAUCUACACAUGAGAUAACCAUCCGUUUGUAUGCGGGGGAGCGUCCCAUGCAUCCGGCGGAUGAGUUAAGUUGA